AUGCCAUCAGAUUUCACUUAUCAGCCCUUACGUGGUGACGAGAUCCGACUGCUGAGGAUCGAAGACGACCGCAGUGGACAUCGCAAAACCAACGUCACCAGGCAUCCUCUAAUAGCAUGCUCGAUCGAGCAUGUUCGUCUACCAAGAACGCUGGGAGAAUCAUCGAACCAACGGUUCAAAGGAAAGGAGGGAACAUGGCCUGAGCUUCCCACCCAACACAAUUUUGGACCACUCUUCAAUGCUGGGAAAGAUCUACGUGUUGACAAGACUCACUUGAGGAAAUCCGCACAUACAACAAUCAAUGACGAAGCUGCCCUACCAUGGCGACGUCCAUGGGGUGACUAUAUCGCACUAUCCUAUGUCUGGAGCCAACCCGUCGGCUCAGAUAAGGAAGACCGCUUUUUUAUCACCGUCAAUGACUGUCCAUUCAAAGUCACCCCCAACUUAUAUCACGCUCUGAAAGAACUUAAAAAGAGUCAACGUGUACAGCAAGGAUUUAAGUUAUGGAUUGAUGCCAUAUGUAUCGAUCAGACUAACUCAGAUGAACGUGGUCAACAAGUCGCUCGGAUGCGCGACAUUUACCAGUCAGCGUGGCAGGUACUCAUAUGGCUCGGUCCAAGUGACACAUCCACCCAACUGGCCUUUUCUGCGCUUCACUGGCUAUCUCGAGAGUCGAAGCAGCCGAAGCCGAUGGACAACUUCUACCGCGAAAGCCCCUCAGUCGAUCUGCGGCCUGCCUUCAUCAUGUGGCCAACCUAUAACAGUCCGAUGAAGAAGGAUGUUUACAAGGCACUGUAUCACUUCUUUACAAGGCCAUAUUGGCGUCGUAUGUGGGUGGUGCAAGAAGUGGCGAUGGGCAAUCCCAACAGUCCUGUUCUCUGCGGCGACCAGUGCAUUUCAUGGCAGGACAUAUACCAAGCGGUGAAGGUCAUUGCUUCAGAUGAGUCGAGAUUCGGUCGUGAGAUCCUCGAUAGCGUCCAACCACAAACGCUGGCAACAUGGUCCUUUGAGGUCGCACGAGAUAGGCAGAUUCGAGGACGAAAAUGGGCACCGGAAAGGAUGUGGAAGAUCCAGGAAACCAUGAUGUGCGUUCAGAAAGAUCAGCGAACCUUUUCGUCAGCGAGUGGACGGAGGGAACUCCUUCGAGCACUGAAUCUUGCCCGAGAUGCCCUCAUUACCGAUGAAAAGGAUCGUGUAUAUGGUAUUCUGGGAAUCAAAGCCGUCGCCGAUCGAGUCAACAUCAAACCCGAGUAUAAACUUUCUCAAUCAAUAAUUUACUCAAACUUUGCCAAGGAGAUCAUGAAGGGAGGUGACCUGAACCUUCUUCGUCUGGCUUCAGGUUUCGGUGGAUACGUUCUCGACAGCUGGGAGAUGGAUGACCUACCACCCUCUGCCAAGAAUCGUGCCGUUGGGGCUCUUACACUUCCCGUCCUGAAUGCCACCAAAGGUCGUGAGCUAGUACCGGUUGGUGUAGUAUGUAAUCACGAUAUUCCAUCAUGGAGCGUCUGCUGGGCAUGCGCACCCGCUCCGACAGCUCAGCUUGGUGGUAUAUACCAAGCAGAUGCGCGCUUGGGUCGUUCAUUGCCGAUUUUCUCUAGAGGAAGGGCGAGUCUCACCACGAAGGGCGUCUUGCUGGACACGAUUACCUCACUCAGCGCCUCAAAUGAGAAGGACGCUGAUCCACGCUAUCCUUCCAAUACUCACCCAGCCAAUACGAGUACCUAUGGAGAUUUCGAAGCGACCAGGAAUGCAUUCUGGAGGACUAUAGUAUGCGACACGACAUCAGAAGGCGGCGAAAAGGCACCGGACGCAUGUUCUUGGCUGCUUGAGCCCAGACUUUGGCAAAGAGGUAUCGCGGGCGUUUGGACCAAUGGCUUUGGAUUGCACAGCUUCAUGGCACGCAACGCAUCACUCGAAAUUUGCGGCUUUACGAUACAGGAGUUAAUUUUCGGCCGCAACAAGUUCAAAUCAAAGUUGAAGUCGAUGAUGGGUGAGAACUUCUACCAUGCAACUGAGUUUCAGCGAGAGUCUUUGUCGUGGGCAGUCAAUGCGAUGGCUUGGAGGCGUGUUUUCGGCACAAGAGGAGGAAGAAUGGGAAUGGGCACCUGUGCGGCUCAAGUAGGCGAUCGUAUUGUACUUCUCAGAGGUUGCAACACUCCGCUCAUUGUCAGACGGUCGGGCGAGGCCUGGAAACUUGUUGGAGAGUGUUAUGUGCAUGGUGUUAUGUAUGGAGAGAUCUCGUUAGAUAAACAUCGGCUGGAGGAUAUAACCAUUUACUAA